GAAGUCGAAUUAAAUAAUUUUUCCCCAAAUUAGAGGUUUUUAUAGAGAGAGAAGAGAAGAAAGCAAAGAACACGCUCGGUUUUUUCUUUUUAGUGUUCAUGGAUUUUACAGAAAACCUCUUAUAAAACAAGAAAAAGAUUACAAAUUCAGAUCCGUUUUCUAAUUACAUCUCCAAAUUCACGAUAGCAUUUCUUAACUAUCUAAUCAAAAUCCCCCUUUUUUUAGUUUUGCCCUAUCAUUUUUCUCCAUAUAUACUUAUAUAUCUCAUGGCUAAGAAUUUUAUUUAUGCUAAAGAAACCCUAAAUUAACCGUGUUAUUUUAUUGGGGCAUGACGAAGAGGAAGGAACGAAUCCUAUCAGAACUUUAUGAUGUGACAGAAAAGAUUAUGGAACCAGAGAUCACGCCAGUUUUAAAAGGGAGUUGUCGCAUACAAGGACCUGUGGAAGAGACAGAUCAGGACGUUCAGAAGAAUACGAGAUCACGUCGAGGUGAAAGGAGAUUUGGCGGGGUUUCUCUAAGUGAAAAGUUUUGUAUGAGAGAAGAAUCUGGAACAUGCAAUGUGUGUGCUGCGCCUUGCUCUUCUUGUAUGCAUUUUGAUCGAGUAGCGUCACGCAUGGAUGUAAAAUCUGAGGAUGAGUGUUCAGAUGGAACCUCAAGAGGAAAGGAAGCCAGUCGCUGUUCUUUUAGUGUUACUGGUGUGUUGCCCAUUUCGAAGAAUAUAACGUUGCAGAAACGUCAGUGUGCUGCGGCUAGUGAAACAAGUAACGUCUUCAGCGCAUGCUCAAGUCAUGAUUCGUUUUCAGAAAAUGCUGAAAGCAAGGCAACCGAAGAUAUAGAGAUGCUUCCAGUAGUUUCAUCAGGUGGAACUUUAGAGUGUCAUGGUGAUAACAUUUCAUGUGUCAGCGGGGUUAAUGAUGCAGGCCCGCCAGUUGCAGAUCAUCCUAGUUCCAACAUGAAAUGGAAGAAUGUAUCAUCUAGUUCAGCAUCUGUUAGUAGCCUCCAUCCAAAAAUAUCUGAGAAAGACAAUCUUGUUCAGUUGGUUACGGGUUCUGUGAAUGGUAUUAAAUGUGAAGUGGAAGAGAACCGUGGGAAGUUUAGAAAGCCAAGCGUGUAUACAAAAGAAAUCAUACGUCCAACAUCAGCCAAACAAGAAGUUCAUUUAGAAGAAAUAAGGAGCCCGUCUUCACGCUCUAGAAGUGGUAAAUUGGCACCUUGUAAUGCAGAUAACAAAGAUUUGAAAGAAAGCUCUUCUUCACAGCGCCAGGCUGAUCCUUUUGAAUUAUUAAUGCCAAAUGCUUCAACAGCCAAUAGUGCCAGUACAAAUAAACAAACUUCCGAAAACCGUGACGAAAAUCUUGCUAAAUUGGAGCACAAUAAAACUAGAUGUAUGGAAAAUGGUUCCUCUGGCCAGGAAGCUGGAAUCGAUGUGGAAAUUGGGGGUUCACCAUCUGAAUCUGUGAAAUGUUUGGACCUCAAUGAAAUAGUUGAGAAGCCCGUUGUGUUGCCUGAAUCUUCUGGUGUGCGGGACAGUUCUUUGCAGGUGCAGUCUCAGCCUGUUGAUGAGAGUGAUGGCUCUGAAGUUGAGGAGGAUGUUAAGGUUUGUGAUAUCUGUGGGGAUGCUGGUCGAGAAGACCUGCUUGCUGUAUGCAGUCGUUGUGGUGAUGGGGCAGAGCAUACUUAUUGCAUGCGAGAAAUGGUGGAUAAAGUUCCAGAAGGUGAUUGGCUUUGUGAAGAAUGCAAAUUUAAGGAGGAUGCUGAAAAGCAAAAGCGAGAUAAGCCAGAAGCAGCAGUUGAACCUACAAAACAGUCAUGCAUAGAUGAGAAAGAAAGUACGCCGAAUGUUAAAGUCUUAAAUAAGUCGGAUGUAAAAGCAUUAGACGCAGAGUCCAAAUUAUCUCCCAAGAUAGGUUCAAAUGUAAACAUCUCGUCAAAAAGGCAUUUAGAUAAUGUUGAAGGGGUUUCUGCUGUAAAACGACAAGCUUUUGAAUCCAGUUCUGGAUUGUCAAAGCCAUCAAGUUCAAACAAAGAAGCUGCGGUUUCAAAGGUGGGUUCCUUUAAGAGCACAUCGUCAAAGAUGGUGCAACGAAUAGAGUCUCCCACUUCAAGUACCAACCCAUCACAAAACCAUUCUCGGCAACAUUUUUCUGGUACAAGUACCCUUCAAAAGUCAAAUUCUUUCACUGAACCAAAGGGAAAAUCUGCACAAGAAGAUUCCACUCUUAAGUUCAAAUUGAGUGAGACAAAAAAAACUAGCAGAUCCUCGUCAUUCGACCAUCGGUCAUACUCUACCGUAAAAGAGAGAGAGGAUCCUCCUCGUCUCGCUAGUAAGGACGACCUAAGAGGGUCGAAAGUAAUAAAGGACUGUAGCCCCUUUGAGAGGAAAAAUUCCUCCAGACCAGAUCGGUCUGCGGUUCCUUCACCGAAACCUGGAUCUGGUGGAGGUGCUACUCCAAAGGCUGAUAAAAGUGCUCAUCAGGGUGAGAGUGCUUCAGGAUCAUUCUCAGCCACCAACGGACGUAGUAUCAAGGGUAAUCCGGCAGUACCCAAAUCAUCAAAGUCGCCUCCACUUUUGAUUAUUAGAGACAGUAGAAAAUCUCUAGGUGGCAGCGGUGAUCUUAAGAGACAGUCUUCAGUGUUACCCCGUGGCAUUACUGCAUCACCAAAGAGCACUAUGAACCUUUUAGAUCGAAAACCAAGUAAAGUUAGUCUUAAGGAUGAACCAGCUGGAGAUGGUCCUGGUGCAAGAUUUUUAAGUGAUGCAGUGAACAAAAGAACUAAGUUGAAAGCUGCAGAUGAAGUUCUAUUGUCAAAAAGAUCUGGAGAACACAAAAAGAGUGGAACUCCUGAUCAGUCGGAAGAUUUGACAAUGUCCUGUGAUAAUGUUAGCCGGGAAGUUGUGUCUAGUGAUCAGACCUCAAUCUCAUCAAGUUGCUUGAAGGGAUUGACUUCCAACAAUAUAGUUCAUGAUGGGCAGGAGAAUUUCAAGGGUGUACCAUCCUCCGUAGUUUCCCUGUCAGGCAUUUUGUCAAUUCCGCAGUACGAUUAUAUAUGGCAAGGUGGAUUUGAGGUGCAAAAAAGUGAGAGAGUUGUUGAGUUAUUUGAUGGGAUUCAAGCACAUUUAUCCAUGGGUUCAUCGCCCAAAGUUCCUGAGGUGGUAAGCAAGUUCCCUUACAAAGUGUUAUUGGAGGAAGUACCCCGGUCGACCGCAUGGCCAGCACAGAUUCAGCAUCAGGCUACGGAAGAAAACAUAGGUGUCUAUUUCUUUGCGAAGGAUAUCGAAAGCUAUGAAAGGAACUAUAAAAGGUUAUUGGAAAACAUGAUUAAGGAGGACUUAGCUCUGAAAGGGAACUUUAAUGGAAUUGAACUUCUGAUUUUCCCGUCGAACCAGCUGCACGAGAGAUCUCAACGUUGGAACACAUUAUUUUAUAUGUGGGGUGUAUUUAAGGGAAGAAGGGUAGAUGAGAGUGUUCGUUCUCAAAAGGAGACUUGUGGAAACUCGUAUGAGAUACACUUGGCUGGAGGGUUACCUUACCCUGCUGUGGUUGAUUCACAGAGGGAAGGUCUUUCAGGUAAUGUAAAAGGGUUAUCUGCAUCCAGCUCUUUGUUGAGCUCACAAGAAGCAAUCACAUAUCCCCCGUCAUCCAGAAAGUUAGAUAAGAGUUGCCACAAAGAAGGGCCAUAUCUCGGGAAUGAGGUUUCAAAGAGUCACGUGCAGGCACCCGUGGAAAGGAAAGGACGCAACAUGUUAAUGGAUGAUGAUAGAGAUAAUGUAGAGAUUAGUGAAAAGGAGCUUGAUUCAUGCUCUGUUCUAGCUGGCCAGAACAGUGUCCUUCAAUUUGGUAAUAAUAGAAUGCUGGUAGACUUGAAUAAGUUCGAUUGCUCUGAGGCAAAUAUUCCAUCAACUUCAUCAGACUGGAAAGAGAUAUCAUCCGGCCCAUACCCGGUUACUUCUACUUCUCCUGCCCAGGAUUCAAACCCUAUUCACAGUGCAGUUGAAAAGAAAAUUAAGGACAUAAGUAACGUUGAUGAAGUGAUACCCAUUGGAAAUAUCAAAGAUGAGGAUGUUAUGUUAGUAGACACAAUAGCUGCUUUCACGGGUAAUCUGUUGAAGCAGGAAGAUGGAAACAGCUCCGUGUUGCCAUCCAGCAGGAAACGCCCAUGUCCGGCUGCCUCGGACGUUCUCUGUCAAGGUUCUGCUGGAAUCCCUAGUAGUACAAGUCAUUCAAUUCCGCUGGAUGAUAAGUCAGAUCACACUUUAGUUGAUGAGAAGAAUGAAUGCAAGAAAUUGAAAACUAGUUAUGGCUGCAAUGAUGGAAGUAGUAGCUCCACAGGAAAGAUAUAUUUGGGUGGAAGUUUUCCUAUGAAAGAUCGUGGACAUGAUGCUGAGGAAAAUAUGGUUACUGGUGAGACAAGGAAGUCGGAAAGGUUCAUUUUUCCUGUUGAUUUAAACUGUUCGAGUGACUGGCCAGAAGAAAAAGACACCAUGCCGUUGCAGGUUAUUUCAUCUGAUGAUGAAGAUCAGCCAGAACAUCACUUCCCUAAUUUAGAACUUGGUUUAGGGGGUAAGAUGAAACCAACAUUAAAACAGGGAGGUUUGCCGUUUUUUGCAAGAUUAGACGGGAAGAAAGACCCAAGUAAGCAUCCAGAUGAUGCAGUCAAGAAGUCGGGUAGCUUGGAUGUUGCAUUGGGUUCUCUUUCUCUAUCUCUAGCAUUUCCCUUGUCAUCAGUCAAGAAGGAGCAAACCACUGCAAACUCCUCUCUGAACCAUCUUUCAAUACCGGGGCAACUUUUGCCUGAGAGGCGGUCACCACCCAACAUCGACACAUCAGUACUGGACUUGGCUUUGUGACUGCCAGCACAUUGUUGUAAAUUGUGCCUCUUCAGUUAUUAGUUGUAUACCAGGAUCAUCAAGGAUGAUGGUCUGGAAAGUUCUCUCACGAGAACUUAUUAGUCGAUUUCUUCCCAUCUGUCUAUAAUCAUAAUCAUAAAAUGUCACUCUACAAGGUUCAUUUUUUUUUUUUUGUUCUUUUUGUGGGUGGGAAAGUUGUUUGCUUAGUCAAACUCGAAACGGCUGUUUGUAUAAAAAGAGAACUAAACGGCCGGACUCCUUGCAAAAAAAAAAAAACACAGAUGCCUUCCAUAUCUGCAAGUCUCUGAAAAGGAUUUUGUACUGUU